AUGCCAAGACGUCGUCUGUUAUACACUUGCGUAGCUUCAAUGUUUGCAAUAAUCCACAUUGCCUGCAGAAAAACAUAUGAUUUUAAUGGACCUAUUGGAUCAAUAAUAAAUAAAAUAGCUAUAGGUAUGAGUUAUAUAAUGCCAAUUUUAUAUACAAUGCAGUUUCAAUGGCUAUCAAUCCUCUCUUUUAUAGACAAAUGUAUACUUACUUCAGAAAUUGUCAUAGAGAAGUUAUUUCCACCAUCAUCCAGAUUGUUUGAUAAGAUUGAUGAGCUAGCUUAUGUAGUAGAAAGCCUACCAGAAAAAUUUGAUGAUAUCAUGAAAAAGUUGCCAAUGAUUAUUCAUCAGGUGCCAUUUCUUGAUUGGGCACUGGUUUAUCUAAUAGCUUGGUUGAAUUUCUGGAUUUCAUAUUUUACUCACUGGGGAUCCAAGAAUGCUAGGGAGAAAGAGAUAAUGAUUGAUGUCGAUCACAACGAUCAAGAAUCAACAGUAGAAGAGGUUACACUUUUAAGUCAAUUGCCUAGAUUUGAUGCUUCAAAAGAACAACUCAUGUCAAAUGAAAAAUCAGAAAUUCAAGCCAUUGAAGAAGCAAUAAGCCCGACAUCUUCAUCAACCUGUGAUCCAUUCGAGGAUGCUAUUUCAUCUCCAAUAUUUGGGUCUCCAAUUGGAAUUAGAACAACUAAUAAAUAUGAUUAUUUUGGUAAGUGUAGCUACAAGGAGGUACUAGAAAAAGGGUCUGAAGAAAUGAAAGAGGAGAAAGUGAAAAUAGUAGAGUGA